CGGCACAUCACGGUGCGGCGGCAGCGGCGGCCGCGAUGGCGAUACCGAACGCUGCUGGCCAGCUCGAGGGUGCCCUGGCGGCGCCCAAGUACGGCACGCUCAUUCCGAACCGGGUCUUCGUUGGCGGUAUCAGUGGUGACACGACGGAAGCGGAACUGUGCCGGUUAUUCUCGUCGUACGGUAACGUCAAGUCCACGAAAAUCAUCGUCGACCGGGCGGGCGUCAGCAAAGGCUACGGCUUCGUGACGUUCGAAACGGAACACGAAGCGCAAAGACUGCAGAGCGAUGUAAGUAUGAAGGGAGACUGCAUCGUGCUGAGGGAUCGCAAGCUGAACAUUGCCCCAGCGAUCAAGAAACAAACAAUCUGUGCAACGAACGGUGCCGUGUACUACGCAGCCACGCCCCCCACGCCGACCAUCAACAACAUCCCAAUCGAGCAGUUUGCGACAGUCUAUCCGCCAGGUGUGCCAACAAUCUAUCCGCCAACGAUGCCGUAUCAGCCGUUCUACCAGUACUACAGUGUGCCAAUGAAUGUUCCAACCCUUUGGCCCCAGAACUAUCAAGGUAUGUAAAUCUGGCCUUAGAAAAAAAAACAAUCGCCAUGCCAGAUUUGUAUGUUUCGGAAGUUCGUGGACGACCUUGCAGAGCGAGAGAGAGAGGAAGUGAGCGCGCGCGCCUGUACAGCAAAACAUCCCGAGAGACCCCCCCUCCUCCGCGUUAGGUGGAUAGAUAUUAAAAUUAGAAAACUAAUCGAGCAGAAGCAACCCAGCAGCAGCAACAGCAGCAGAGAUCGUGAAGCGACUGAAGAAACGGCCAAACUCAACGAAUCAGCACGGCAGCAGUUAUUAGUUUUGUUGCCUCUCUUCGCUUACAUUUUAUUUCAUUUAAAAUUAGCAGUUUCAUGUCGCGCCCGCUAGAAGCGGUUAGAGUAAUUUCGAUGUAGGAUAUUAGGUAGAACGGGAUUCUUUGCGUUGAGGUGUGUUCUUCCUUGGUUGCGGCACUCUGCCCCACCCCUCUCAAGACGACUUGCCUUAUUCUCCCCCAAAACGAUAAUGUACACACAAUUCUAAUCUUCUGUUUCAACACGACGAUCAAUCAAGACAACAAGACUAGCCUUUGCGCAACCAACCAACCAAUCCGCUCGCUCAGUUUAAUUGUGCUCGCUGUUUUAGUUAAUUUAAAUGCAAAUGUCGGCAUUAUAGGGAUUUUAAGUUCGCCCAAACGACGUAGCAAACUCCUUCGCGAAAAGAGUUUGAGGAUGCGAAAUCAUUUCGGAGGCUGCAUUAUUCAUGAACGCCUAGUACAGUUCUGGCACAGCAGCAGCGUCACAGAAAUAAAAAAAGGAUACAGUCUGGUACUGUUUGGAGUGUGGUUGAAGGUAAUUGAAAAAUUAACUGGACAUUAAUAAAAUAUCUAGACAACGAAACUUGUCUUUUGCUACCAAGUUCCACCCCUUCCAAAGCUUCGUAUCAAAUAUCUAUUGACUUUAAUUGUCAACAGUGUUGACUCAACACCCUAAACUGGGCAACACUCGUUCGAGAGAAUUAUGACCUCAAGCCAAGAGGAACCAUUUACGGACACAGAGGCCACAGCUCGAAACGAACGAGAGAAUUACGCUCUCGAGUUCAUUUCCAAGCAAAAGUUCAUCCGUCAAAACAAAAUAAAAAACAAAAAGUCAUGUAUGCGGGAAUCGAACCAAGGACUUUCGUCAGACUGAUUCAAUGACUUUACUGCCUCGGCCACCACCGCUUGGUGACUCAAAUAUGAUCAGAAGUCGAUGUAUUACGCUUGUUGAAGAUUUUCUGUUUCAAUCAAUGCUUGAAUGAACUGUCACUGAAUGGAACUGCCGCCCAAACGAGGCAACGUGCUCUUUCUCUUUCUCUCGUUUUUCGACUCUCUCUCUUCCUUGUGUUUGCUGCGUGGUGACAAAAGUAAUUUGAAUGCGAUCAUGGGAUCUUGAUGGAAUGUCAAACGUCGCGCUCAUUCGUUUGUGUGUGAAACGAACGAAAUCAAAAUGUCAAAUUCAGGUUGUCAUGGUGAAGACGAUUGGAGUGUGUUCUGUCAUCAACACAAAAACAGUCGAAAUUUCGUUGGCACUGGUUUCAUUUGACAAAUGAACACAGUUGUUUUGAUGGUGUGAGUUGUGAGUUAUUCUCUCGAGUUUAGCAUUGAGCUUUCAAUAAAUUUUGUUGAGACUAUUCCCUCGACUCUGAAUUGAAAGAUGAAUACCAACUCAGUGCCGAACAAAUUCUCAGAGCCGUUGGCCUGUAACGGAGUAGUUAGUGAAUAUCUCUGGAGUUUUUUUUUAAAAGGUCCAAUAAACCAAAUUUUCAGUUUCAAAAACCCCCAAAACGCAAAAACUGGAAAUUUGGUUUAUUGGACCUUUUUAAAAAAAAAACUCCAGAUUUCUUCAAAGUUUUCCCAUAAACUGCAGGAGUUCCCGAUCCAAGGGACAUUCUAUUUCUCUCACUGAGCGUGAACAGUACUUUAAACAUACUCACACUAACAUUUGAAUAUAAAUUUAUUUAGAGAAAAAAAAAUCCAAUAAAUGAGAGAUCCGUUAGAUUGACAACAGUGAGGAAUGCAAAACCGUAAAGUAUAAUAGGCGGAUCCAAGCGUGGCACAAAAGUUAGACAAUUUGUGUAAUUUGCGCUGUAUUAGUUAUUGAGGGAAAUGCAUAGAAGCACACAAAAAAUCGACAGAAUAGACCGAAUAGACUUGAAUUCAUGUUAGCGAUUCCGAAUUUGCUAUUUAUAACAACUGACAGCUAUCAAAAGCCUGAAACCACGUGCUCGGAAAUCUUCGCACAAUGGCGUUGAAAUGUCAACAUUAAUUUGACAACUAGCUUUGGUUUGACGUUCACUAAACAAAUGUUUUGAAUGGCGCGUAAUUUUGUUUCAGUGUAUGUUUUUUUCAGAAAGCUAGUUUCCUACAAGUUUGUCUAUGACCGCUUUUUGAAACGAUGAAAGGAGAUACCGUCAUCUGGGGCGAAUCGGGACUACAGUCUGAAUAUGAAUGUACAAAUUUUGUUGGUCUGAGUCGACUCUAAUCGAAAACAACCAGAAAAAUCAAAAUAUUGUGUUCCUACAUGGUUAAAUCUGCUGUCCCAAUUCGCCCCAGUUAACGGUACAGCAUUUUAAAAUAUCGUCUACCCUUCCUUAAUGUUACUUUCGAAUGCAAAUUAGUCCAUAUACACAACAAUGACUUAAAUGAGCCUAAGAUAACACUUCUUCAAAUUUUUAUUGAUAUCUGAGAAGGUCGAUUAAGAAAGAAUCUAAAAAUGCGCUGUUUAAACUAAAAUUGCUCUGAAAGUAAUUUCAAGCAAAGCAAUUUAAAUGAGCCAAUGUGGAUUUGUAAAAAAGUAAAUGAUCAGUAAAUGUUUUUUAAAGGUCCAAUAAAAAAAAAUGUUUUUGCUUUUUAGGUGUUUUUUAAUACCAAAAACACUCAAAAGGCAAAAACUGAAAAUUUGGUUUUUUGGACCUUUUGAAAAACUCCAAAAAUCUUCAUUGGCCCAUUAAUAUUGUUUUACUUGAACUUUUUCAAAACAACCACACUUCAAAUUGAUUCCAAGCAAAGUAGCCUGUAAUUCUAAAACAACGAUUAAAACAAGACCAGACAUUCAAGUCCAUCCUCCGCCUCAAUCUAGAUUGUUGUGCAAAGAUGCGAUGCAAAGCACUAAAAAUAGCCAUUUGGCACACGAUACACAGACUCACCCACGUUGGAGCAGCAAAUGAGCAAACAAUUAAACGGGAGCGCCCCUGGCGGCCGACGACUGAUGUGGACGCGAGAGACUGAAACAACAAAAAAAAAUCUUAGAUUUUCGCCAAGCGGAAGCAAAUUCGAAAUAAAAGAACAUCCCGCGUUCCCUUUUUUUGUUUUCUGUUCUACUAUUCUUUUAUUUUAUUAGGAUGUCAUGUGUAACGUUGAGCCAUUUUGGCGGGCCUGCUGCUGACAGGGAAGAUAGAAAGACAACUCUCCGGAUGUUCAAACGGGGCGGAAACAUCACAACAACAAACGAAACCGAGAGGAGAGAGGCACCUUCUCUCGCGUGCGCAAAACAAAAAAAAAUGUUGACUCUUUUUACUUUUUAAAGUAAAGAACGCAACCAUUGUUGAAGGAUAUUAUCAUUAUUAUGAUUAUAUUAACUUAUUAUAAACUAGAAGAAGAAUAAAAUCGGUCAUGAAUACAACCGCUAGCGUAAACAAAAAAUCCUAGGUGUAAGUGAGAAGGACGGAGACAAAGCUAGCAAACAGUCACUCUUGAGCGGAAUCCCUUGGGAGACCCCGCUACGGUAUAUGAGUAAGAAAUACGCAAAUAUUUAUAAUGCAAACACAAACAAAAAAAAACAAGCAAAAAUCUAUAUACUUAUACAUAGAAUAUAUAUACAAGCGUACACAGAGUAGUAGUGCAGGAGAACACAAAAUCCAUAUGAGAACAGAGAAAUCAUCACGAAGUAAAAAAACACUAGUAAGGGCAUAAUUGCUAACACUCACUCACACACACUUGCUAGAUAAAACGAAGAAGAGGAAUAAUACACAAAACACACCCACAAACAUCACACACUGUCUUCAUUUUCCGUGGACUUUGACGUUUUAAACAAAAAGACAACAACUCUGUAAAGUAAGCGAAAGAAGGAAAUACUCUGCUGCUGUAACUACUCACUCGAAAUGGAAGCUUAAAGUGGUUGGUCGAAAACUUUAGUGGAAAGCGAGGGGAACGUCACUUGGAGAGUUUUUUUUAAUCAAUUUUUUAAACUCAGAUUCACAAAAAAGUUAGAUUGAUUUUUGUAUUGCUAAUAGCAAUCGAAACAAGGGCGUCUAUUCGCUAAUCUUCAAAUGACGUGAGCAGGAUGUUUUUUUUGUGUACACUUCGUUUUCAGCCCAUUAACAUUGUUUUGCUCGAUUUUUGUGAGUUUUAUUUGGGUGAAUUUUGGUUUACACACAUUGAAUGUCUGUCAAAAGUGAAGGCACAUUCGAGCAUCUGACGUUUUGCCAACUAAUGUGUUGGUGAGAUCAAAAUUCUUCUCUAAAUCGAACAAAAUGGAUUUGCUAAUUCGAAUUUAACAUUAUUCGAACUAGCGGAUCCAAAUUCGCUAAUUGGAACGACUGACAGCUGUCAAAAGCUUGAAACUAAGUGCUCUAAAAUCUUCGAUCAAUGUGUUUGAAAUAUCAACAUCAGUUUCAAUACUGGUGUUGACGUAUGAAUACGUUUGAAUUAGUGAACAUUCGGGUAAGUGAACAGUUAGCUCUGUAAAAAAACUAUUAUUCUACAGAUUUAUAAUUUUUGAAAAAGAAAGAGAUGGAGAGAGAGAGUAGCUGCAAGUUCUGUUGUGAAAUUCUCUAGCAGUGAGUUCUAGAUUAAAUUCUUAUGAUGAAGUUCAUCCCAUCAACGAUUGUUGACAAAGAUCAAUUUAAAAUUUAGAGAAGACAUCAUUUGAAAUUGUGCUGGUGUAAUUACACUAUUAAGCCUUCAUAGAUUUUAUUGAGCAAAACCUAUCUGAAUUUGUCAAAACAAAAUGAUAUUAUGUGCAAUCAAUCCUGAGUGAGAUAAACCGCUCACUUUAGCGUGCUUUGGCUGUCAAAGAAGGAAACGAAAGCACCUGUGUUUUUCGAUCCAAACGAAUCAUCGGUUAUCCAUCUGUUGACGACGGUGUAAUUCGUCAUGAUUGAUUGCUGAGCUCGGCGAACGUGCCUCGGCCGUUCGACAAUGUUUUCCGCAAAUUCUUUUGCAAGCAGUGAAAUGUGAGUUAAUGGAUUAGGAUUCGAAUUUCAACAUUUUUUAAACAAACUGAACAUCAGAAAACUGUGUUAAUCGAAGAACCAAAUGUAAACAAACAGUUCAAAGAGCGGAUCAAUCCGUCAAAAGUCAACCACGUGUGCGAAAAUUGUCGAGUUCAUUCUUCCUGUAUUCCUUCAGUUUCUUGAAUCGCAUACUUCGAUACCCUUCUUAUCUCGAUAUCCUUUCUAGCUCAAUAAAUCCCUCCCUCGAUGGUCUCGUGGAUUUCAUUUGCUUUAGCAAUAUUUUCUUUUUCUCGUGGCUUGCAUAGACAUUUCUCUUUGCAAAACAAAGCUUUGAAGAGAGUUUGCAAAACGGAGCUUUGAAGAGGGGCACGUUCUGUAAACUGAUGCUUCCCUUGCUCGAUGGCUUGAAGAUUGACAACCAGAGGAGUUGACUGUAGUACCAGAAUGAUGACGUUCGCCAACACUUCCAUCGUUUUCGAGCGUAGUAGUGCAGCGCGUACUCAAAAUAGCAAUCGUAGAAGAAGAACAAAGUUGACUAGUAACGAUGAUUAUUCUUUAGUUUCGGCUUUUUUCGAUGUCACCUCGGGUGCUGCCCCGAUGAAGAGGAAAAGUUAAAACGUUGUUGAAUCCAUGUAAAAUAAGUCUCACUACAAACACAACAACAAAAUUGUUAAGGUGAAAGAGGCAGCCGCGAGAGAUUGGCGAUAACUUGUCAGACGCAGUUCCUUUAAUUUGCCAUUUAGAUAUUUUUGGUUGUUGACUUUUUUUGUUGUUAUUCGUGCUUAUAACUUUUUUUUCUUAAUUUGUUUUUUUUUCUCUUGUUGAAAACGUAGAAUCUUGUGCAGAUGAUAGCAACAGCAGCGACAGCGAAGGCUCCUUCCUCACACAAAUAUUUUAGUCAGUCAGGAGGGAGCCAAGCUUAAGAGUAGCUAUUAAGUUUUGGCCGAAAGAACGAACACACAUUGUUAAAUAGUUGUAGCCACUAGGAGGCCUAUAACUGAAAGUGAGCAUCACACUUUUCUUUCGUAUUGUUAGUCCUCCAACUAUUUUUUUUUUGUUAAACUGAUUUCCGAAGGUUUCGGCGCCAUGUUUUUUGUUUGUUCCCCCCCAGAUGGUGUUUGUGUGAGCCAGUAUUUUUAGUUGAACUGGACCUCACACAUACAUGCACACCUGGCUAGACUCGGUUAAGUAGAACAAUGACACACUCAUGAGCGGCAACAUUUGAAUGAAGAGCGUGUGUGAAAGAAAAAAAACUGCAAAAUGUUGCUCAAUUUAUCCUCAUUCAUUUAUUCCAAGGACAAAAAUCGGAAUGACAAACCUGUAAAAUACUUGCAAAUAAUACUAGCCCGUACAAGUGACUCGAAAGUCAUCGUGGAACACAGUAAAAGUCCACGCAAAAAUGAUCUAAUAAAACAAUAAUUUAUGUAGCUUAAUAACUAAACUAAAUACACGUACACACUCAUAUAUAAUAUAUAACAAAGAAAAAAAACAAAAGGUACUUAUUAACACAAAAAAGUGAUCGUGCAAAAGAUGAAAAAUUAAGAUAUAACAAGCGAAUCGUGAAAACUUAAGGUAAAAGUAGAAACAAAAACAAUACACAACCGACACUAACACAUGAACAUUCAAAGCGCACCACGACAUGACGACUCACCAACACAACCACACUACGUAGACGUGCACGCAUUUUAAAAACAGAAGCAUAAAAAAAAAUCGAAGGUUUCAAUACAAGCAUGAAGCACAGAGCAGUCUUGCAGCAGCAGUUUAAGCAAAAACAAAAACAAACAGAGAUCAAGUCGAAAUGUUUUGAUAUGAAAUUUAUUGUUAUUGUUAUCGAUGAAGAUUACACCUCCCUCAGAAGAAAAAAAAGAAAACAAAUUGAAAACAAAACGAAACGAAGACACAAGAUUAUUAAAAGUGAAAAAAUUAGAAGAAGAAAAAAACUUGUUAUCAAUAACAGUGAAUGUAUAAUUGGCCACACCAAAACACCCUUCCGUUACCUCCCCUACAAAUGUCUGUCGAAGCGACGAACUCACACACAAAAAUAAACAAACACACACACAAACAAAAACAAAACACAGAAAAAAAAUCAAAUGGUGCACGAUCCGCUCUCAGUACUACGCGCGUAGAUCGGAUCAGUUUUGUUCUGUCACUGUUUCGAGUGAUUCUUGUGAUAUUCUAUUACCGUUAUUGCCAAAACAACGAGGAUUCCCCCUCCGGUCCCCCCCCCCUUAAAACUUUCCUAUCUUUCUCUCUAUUGUUGUGCUUUUAUCCGUUGUUGUGCUUCUCUGAGAAUCGAAAUCGCAAAAAAAAAACGCUGAGCAAAUAGGGGGGGGCGUGGCUCGUCGACGAGAAGUACUAGAUUGGUCACGCCCCCUCGCUUCGCAGCGAUUUGCUCUCCAUUCUAAAUCGAAACAUCGAAACAAAAAAAAUGCAUUAGAAUCAUGCAUGGCUCACUUUUUGGCAUUUCACGCAAGGUAGAGUGGCGAAAGAUUCGGUGAUAAUACUCGUAGAUUUUAGCUCUCGGGAGAGAGCGUAGAGAGCAGCGCGCAAAAGUAAACCCAAAACGAACUCUCUAAUACAUGCACGUGGACAGCUGAAAGGAAAUCAAAACGAGUACUUAAAUAUCUCUUACUCCUAGUAGAGCAAACAUUGAAACACAACAGUAAAAAUAACAAAUGCAACCAAAUAGUGAAAUAUUUAACAAAAGCUAAAAUUUUAAUGACGAUUCCCAACACAAACGAACACAGCAUGAAACCAUAGAGGUUCCAUUACGGAACGGAAACAUUGUUAUCGAAUGCUGCUUAAUUUGAGAGACCGUAUCGACUUCUACACAAACACACUGACACGACACGACACGUUCACACUUACACAAACUUGGUAGUGCUUUAAUAAGGAAAACAACUAAAACACACACACACAGAUGGACAAAUGAAACGAUUCGCUCCUUCACUCACACACUCUGCUAUCUGUCGGCGACGCUCGCUCGUAGAAUUACUCUCACAAAAAUACAAACACACAAACAAACCUACUCACACAAUUGAACGCAAACAGAGUCUCGCAGAAGAAAGCAAAGGUGAAAUUCUUUUAACUCUCUGAGCAACUCUGCGUGUGUAGGCGCGUUAAGGUUGGCAAGCGGACACAGAGAAUGGGCGGAGAAUCUCUUUUAACAAAAAAAAAAUGUAGUACUAUUGGUAAACAAAUAAACAUACAAUGACGGAGGAAGAUUAAAAACGGAAAAUCCUAGCGUAAUGAAUGAAGUAAAAAAAUAUUAUCUCUAUUGAGAUAUAAAUUUAUGUAUUUAAACGAAGGAGGAGUAACAAUUGCGAAUAUAAGCAGAAAAACAUGUAGUGACAUAACUGACGAAAUGAGAAUGUAAUUUAUUUAUACAUAACACGUAAGCAAUAAAAAUAUAUAUAAAAGAGUAAGUGAGCAAACAAAAAGUAAGGAUAAAAAGAAUAAACAUAAACUAAACAUGUAUGAUCAUUAUAUACACUAUACAAGAGAACAGAAGAAAAAAAAUAAGAACCUAUUGACAUUUAUCCCAUUAUUUAGAACAAAAAGAAGAUUGAGCCAAAAAUCUGGCCUGAAAAUAAAAAAAAAUAUUAAAUGUAGUGAAAAUGGAAAGGAAACAUAAAUAGGAAUGAUAUUUUUAACGGAAGAACAAAGCAAGCGCUGACACACGCGCGUACAUAGGUAGCACGAGAGGAGACGCAGGACAUGCAUAAACCUAUGACAACUAGAUUGGAUAUUAAUUUAUACAUAGACAAUUAUAAGACAAAAGGCAAACAAAUGAAAUAUAUACACACAUUGUCACGUAUAAAAAUAAAGAAGAAAAAAUCAGAAAGAAAAGGAAAAUAAUAAAUUCUACUAAAACAAGUCGGUGAUAUUUUUAGAAUAUAUUAAUCAAGUAAGAAAAUUAUACAUUUACAUUGAAACGAAAACGUUUGGUUUUUUACCGUAAAAGCAAAGCGUGAACGCAAUGAAAUCUCGACAACAGCAAACAUUCAAACCGAAACAGGAGGAAAACAGCACUGGCAAAGAACGAUCGUUGAGUGUGUACUCGGAACAAUUUGCUAGCGAUUUUUAUUUACUAACGAACUUUGCCUAUUCUACUCCUUGAUUCUAGUACCGCAGUAGUACUAGUUGCUGAUGUCCCAAGAAACGCCUCCAAAUCCGAAGCUCGCCCAAAGACAGAGUAAAAACAAACAAAAAAAUAACUUGUUGUAAUAUCGAAUGUCUUCCAAAAAAACCUUCGUAUAUCGAUUCGUUGUUCAACAUUGGUUUUGUAGUGUUAUUGUUUUUUGGAAAUUUGCCACGCUGAGAGGACGGCAAAAAAACGAGCGAACGCGUGGCCAAAUUGUUUUGGUUGUCAAAAGUGCAGUACUAGAUCGUGGAAAGGUGGUAGUGUUCUGUUGUUUUUACCGAGUUACGUCAACGAGAGAUGUUUGGGGGCGUUUCUUUGCGAUAUUUACUAUUUUUUGAAACUUUUCUUUUCUAGCGGUUCUAGAAUACAAGGAAGGCACGGAGCUCUUUUUGUUUAAAUUUGUGUUUUCCCGAAUAGAACAGCGAAAAUCAACUUAUGCUAGAUAAAAGAGGAAUGUUUCAGGCGCGAUUUAGAAACCUAAAUUUUUCCCAACUUUUCUUAGGGUGCCGAAACCUUUGCCUGUAACAAAAAAAAAAUCAAUCGAAAAAACGAAUCCCAAUUCCAAGCCAGCAAACAUUCCUCUCCUAUUGAUGCGGACAAUAAUUGAAUGAAGUGAAAAAAAAGCAAACGAAAUUUUGCCAUGCAAAAGCACGAUAAAAUCACAUUUUUAGAUGAGCAUUUUUGAAAGGCGCGAAAACCGAAAGAACGAACGGCGCUAAUUUUCUUUCGCGAAGCUCCAGCGAAUUUCAGCAGUUUUUUGACACGGAAAAAAUAUCGCAAAGUUAAAACAAAACAUCGUUAUUUGAUCUUUUAGAAGCGUUUCGAGUGAAUUAAAAAAAAAAACAAACAGCGGAAAGGUUUACCGAGUGAACGAGCAAGACUACACGUAUUGGAAAUGGUUUUUAUUACAAGACUUAAUUUUUGAGGGUAGCGAAAGUGUGCGUUAAAAAAAAGGAUACUUACACGGAAAAGAUUCUCUUGCCAAAAUAACUGUUAAGAACACGAUGAGAUCGGCGAAUGAGCAUGUUGGACCGCUUCUAGGCGACGAUUAGGACAAUUUUAAAUCAAUAAAAACCACUUAGCAAAACUUAACUUUGUAAAGGAAAAAAGCAAAAGGUGAUAGCUACGUGCUUCGAUUUUGUUGAGCUGUAACUACUGCUGGAUGAGUUCAGGUUAGGCGUGAAGCUGGCUCAUUAUAACCUUUAAUUUUGUUUACUUAUUAUUUAUUUAUUUAUUCUAAUUUAUUAAAUAGUUCAAUUUACUUUGAAAAAACAAACAGCCAGCUUUCAAGUUGAACGAAAUAAGCCUUUAACUGUUUUAAUAAAGGAUCCUGAUUGCGCGGUUCAAUUACUGCAAAUCACUCGCUUGUCGUCGAGUAAAUCACUUGAAUCGUCAUGCCGCAAUCAAUCGUGAGCUACAACGAUUCGCAAGCAGUCAAGCGGAGCGAUCGGCUCUGUCUGAGCCGGUCACAUACGAUCAAAGAGAGAGAGAGAGAGAGCGAGAGCGAGAGAGAGAGAGAGAGAGAGAGAGAGAGAGAGAUGGAGCAGAAGAGUGAAAAUCAAAGAGAACGGAACGUGACAGCGAUUACACGAAAUUUGAAUGUGCUUUCAGUCAGCAUUCAUCAAAGCGCCCGUCAUGAUCGUCAUUAUGGAGCGACCGUCAGUGAACGCACACGUAGUUGAAACGAACGAAAACCAAGCUCAACACUCAAGUUGCCGGCUGACCCAAAAGCUACGUGUUCUUUCUCUCAUGUUUUCUCUCUUUUUUGCUCGUGCAGUGUUGCGUGGUGACAGCAAUCAUUUGAAUGCAUGCGCUCAUUCCUUUGUGUGCGAGGGAACCAACGAAAUCAUUCGCAGAAAAAUGUCAAAUGACCAAUUUGUUUUCGCAAACGAAAAGCAGAACUUUGAACAAUCAGGAUCCUUGGCUUUCACUUUUUUUUAAAUCGUCUUUGGCGUGCUUUCUGUGACAUUUGUCAUGUAAUAGUGCUGGAUUGCCUGCCUUCAACAACAACAAAAGUGACAUUUUAAAAAAGUGUCACCUGAAUUAAUUUUGAGAUUAUUAUACCAUUUUAUUACCACUAAACAAUUUCAAAAAAAAAAAUCGCAAACGUCAAGAGAGCAUGACUGUGACGAAAUCUGCCGUUAGAUUAUUUUAAUCCUGAAACCCCUAAUUUAUUAUCAUUUUCAUGCAAAGCGGAAAAUCAACCUAAGAACAAUAAUGAAGAAACGAAAUUAUUUUAUCCUAAAAGCAAUACAAAUCAGUGAAUACCAUAAAUGCGCGAACGCGUGCUAAAUUUUUCCUGCGUCAGAACAACUUAAAAUUGACAGAAAAAAAACCCUAUUUACUUCCUCGAAGCAAAUGGCGUAAAUCUUCUCGCGAUGUGCAGAAAUAAAACAAAUCAAUCGCAAUCGCAAACACCUUGUUAUGAUUACCUUACGAGAAAUCAAUUCAUCAACUGACACCUUUAGGCGAACAGAAAAAAAAAACAUGCGUCAGACAUUGAAGGGCAGAAGCUGACAGAUUGUGUAAAAUAAGGUGAAAAUUUUCAAAAAAAAAAGAAUAAAAAAAAGUACAUAUGGUUGUGUCAAAAAGAAGAAAAAAAUAUACAUGAAAAAAACAUGAGAUAAAAAAUACACAUGAAAUAAUACACAUACACAUGAAAAUACAACUAAAAUAUACUAUACAUAUUAGUCUGUAAACCAAUAAAAAAAAUAAACAAUAGAGAAAAAAAAAUCCGAUAAAGCUAAGAAAAAAGAAAAACAAAUAACAAAAAUAGAUUAUUUAUACACUCACGAGCGCGGCGAUAUAUUUAUGGCAGCGAGUGAUGAGUCGAUCAUCUCGACCCAAAUUUGCUAGCAAUUUCCGAAAUUUUCACUAUCUAUCAUUUUAACACAUUCUGUCACUGUCUCAUUGAUAUUUUGACUGUUUUAAUUACCUUUUUCGAGAAGUAACAUAACCAAACAGUUCGACUGCCCCAGCAAACGUCAAAUCGAAGCAAACUGCUGCCACUCGAACUUUUUCUAUUUCUAGAAAAGAUCUGCAAGCAACUUUGAGUUGAUUUGACGUUUGCUAAGAGAGUUAAAGAAAUAAAAACAAAUCACUUCGUGCGACAGCCAGACGCGUUUGACAGUUUAUGCAUGCCAUACAACCGAACCUACUCAAAAAUUAGUAAAAGAGGCGCAUGUCAUAUUUGAGUAGCUUUCACUCAGAAAUCAACAAAAAAUGAGUGCAAUUCUCCCAAAUCUGAGUCGUCGCCUGAUUUCUUGAGUCAGACUUUGAAAUUAAAAAUGUUUGUUUUUUUUUGCAGGAGGUUUGACAUUUCUAAGAGCAGUGUUUACUUAAUAACACUAUGCAGUAUAAUCUGUCAAACGCUUACAGUUGGGAUAACUCAUGUGAAUUUUCAUUGGUUUUUUGUUUAUUUUCUCUAUGAUCAAUUUUUUGACACAACCAAGAGGUAUGUAAUUUUCAGUACCAUGAUUUUCAAAUUAUUUCAUCUGUUAGGUUACACUAUCCACACUUGAAAAUAUUUCCACUUAUAUCUUUUACAUAAAUUAAGCUAUAAAUUUUAUAUAUGAAAAAUAAUGUGAUAGAAUUAAAUUAUAUAUACUAUUGUACUGUAAAAAACAAAUCUAAAACUGGUAUAUAUACACAAAAAUAUAUAUUAAGACGAAAGCAGAUCUAGUAAAAUGAUCCUAAGCGGUGGAAUAUUUUAUUUCAAAGAAAUCUUUAUAGCCCCAUAUAAACCAUGAUUAGCAAAACAAGUAAAGUCAAGAAAUACUUCAUCGUAGCAAAAGCAAAUGAAUAACAAGAAAUACAAAAGAAAUCAAACUGAGCGCUAUAAAAUUAUUAUAGUAAAAGAAACUCACAUUACAACGGUAAAAAAAUAACAAUAAAUAAAUCCCGUCUUAAAAAUUUUCAAAACAAAGCAUCAAAAAUGUCUUGAACAUUUUUUGGCGUCUCUCAUCAAAACAUAACAAAUUCCAAACUUUUACCAAUUGUUUCUCAAAACCUGAUUCUUUCCUAAGUUCCUUAAUUGCAUUUUGCCAAAAGCAAAGCUUUCUCACCACCAUCAAUUAAACGAAGCUUUUUCGUCUCUUCAAAAAUCAAUAAACGAAAAUCUGUCAAUUUCACAUCAAUUCGUAAACGAAGAAGAAAAAUCAACUGUGUCAAUCACGCUAGCAAAAACAAAAAGCCCACGUUGUAUGAGAAGGUGAACACAUUUUGACAAGGAGUAAAGGCAUAAUAAUUAAAAAGUAUGAAUCCAAUUAAAACGCAAAAAAGCAAUUAUUCACAAUAUCAAUUAAUCAAAACAAACAAAAAAUAAAUAAAAUGAGUCACACUCUCCUAUCAUAGCAAUCAAUACUUGGAAACUAUAAGUGAAAUCUUCGAGCAAUUAAUCCAUUUCAAUUAUCUGCGAAUCUAAAGUUGAACCUGACGAAGGAAUGCAGAGAAAAAAAAAUCAAAUCAAAUUCACACGCUAUCAACAAACUAUCUUAGUUGCUACAAAGUAAAUCAAAGCAAGCCUACUACCAGUUAGAUUUUAACCCUCUACUUUAUCCCAAGCAAACAAACAAACAAAACAACUAAACUUAAACAUAACAACAGAAAAAAACAAAACAACAAAACACGCACGGUCUAACAAACCUCGUCGUCGUUAGCUCUUCUUUCAAGUUUGAAAAAUUUUAGAGACAGCAGAAGUAAACAAAAAAUCAACACAGGCACAGCCUUUUGCAAUAUACUUAUGACUACUACUACAACCACAAAUGAAAACAAAACAAAAAAAGAAGAAGAAGUAAGUGUAGUACGGUAAGUCUACUACUACAACUUUAAAAACUCUAGUACUGCAGCGUAACACACACACGGUGGUCUCUUUUAGCUCUACUUUUAACCAGAAAAGAAAUAACACAAACACUACUACAGAUCCAAAAUCACACUUUUACUAACUCUCAAUGAGAAAACAAAGGAAAACAACAAACUUAUGGCGUAAAAUAAAAAAAAUAAUCAAAAAUGUGCAUUCUUAUUUAUUCAAAACGAGAGAAAACAAACCAUGCAAAAGAACACACAAUUUUAGCCUACAGCAAAUAUCAUCAAGCACAUACUGCAAUUAUUAGCGAGCGCAAGUGUUAGAAGCACUGCGUAACCAAAAGUACUCUAACCAGAUUAUUUUAACGCAGAAAGAGCAGCUUAAAUCGUCCUUGAUUUUCUUUGGAAACAUAAAAAAAGGUUUAUGCAACAAAACAUUAAAAAACAUUAUUUAUAGUUUAACUCAUUACCUCAACCCUCCCUUGAAAUAAACUGAGCAAACAAAGAAGUUGAGCAAAAAAAAAACUUGACAAAACAGCCAAAACAAUCCCCACACUCACUCUAAGUUGUGUUUCCAAUCACAUUCUCGCAAAACAGAAACAAAACAGUUUUGAAAAUGGGCGUCACAAAACAGCAUUGGCAAACAAACUCACACACAGACUUACACACAUGAAUUCACAUGAAAAAGGCUGUAAUUUUAAGAAGACGAUGAGACGACGCGGAGGCAGCUUCAGCGCGUCAUGAAUGACGGAAGCUGAGCAGAAAUACUUGAAAAUGAGUAAAAAAAAAAACAAUAAAUAUUAUACUUAGAUUGUAACAGAUGAUCAACAAAUGAUGACAAAAAAAAA